UCCGACAAUAGAAACUGUGUCGGAAACGAAGUUCGUGGAUUUCAGAGAGAUCAUUGCACCUUCAGUUGUCGAUCAGUUUCCCAUUACUCUCUCUCCCUCUCUCUCUCUUUAAGCCGUAACUCUUAAGAAAGGAACCUCAUUUGUAUCAUCAUGACUACUUUUCAAUUCGAUUUUCUUGCCGUGAAUACAUUUCAAAUGUGAAACAUCGUAUAUACCGUCUGAUCGGGAUAAUCCUCUUCUUCAGCACAUUUGGAUCGUUCGAUCACAAUGUCUUGGGGACUAGGCUGGAAACGGCCUUCGGAGAUCUUCCGAUUGUCUCUAAACUACGGGAACGAAGAAUCGGGGGAAGAUCUCGACCGCACGUCAUCGGCAUCAUCGAUAAGUUCCGCUUCGUCCUCGUCGGCGUCGUUGCCGCCGCAGGAUCAGCAGGAGGUAGGGUUUAGGAUCGAUCUGGAUUGGAUAGCGGGGGAUGACGAGGACCAGGUGGCGUUGAGGCUGCAAUCUCAAUUGAUGGUGGCGCUUCCGGUCCCGCAAGACGCGGUGGCGAUUGAAUUGAGGCAGACGGAAGGAAAUGUAGUGGGGCUGGAGAUGAAGGUGGAGAAGAGGAGGGAGCCGUUACGGGCGGUUACGAUGGUUAAGGCGGCCGGGUCAGGUCAGCAGAGUGAUGGAGUCGGAGUUCUGGUUCGAUUGUUACGGUCAAAUUUGGUUCCAUCUGGUGAUGGAAGUCCGGUUGCAUGUGGUGACCAUUGGAGAAGUGUCACUUUGCUUAGCCUUUGCGGUUGUGGUUUAGUGACACUGCCGGUUGAGCUAACUCGUUUGCCAAUUCUUGAGAAACUAUACCUUGAUUACAACAAGCUAUCAGUGUUACCACCUGAGCUUGGUGAACUAAAAACCUUAAAAGUACUCAGGGUUGACUACAACAUGCUUGUUUCAGUUCCUGUGGAACUGAGACAGUGUGUGGGGCUGGUGGAAUUAUCAUUAGAGCAUAACAAACUUGUUCGGCCUCUUCUUGACUUCAGGGCUAUGGCGGAGUUACAAAUUCUUAGGUUAUUUGGUAAUCCACUUGAAUUCCUUCCUGAGAUCUUGCCUUUACGCAAGCUUCGCCACUUGUCCCUUGCAAAUAUCAGGAUUGUGGCUGAUGAAAAUCUAAGAUCAGUGACUGUGCAAAUAGAGAUGGAGAAUAGUUCUUAUUUUGGUGCAUCUAGACACAAGCUGAGUGCCUUUUUCUCUCUCAUAUUCCGUUUUUCCUCUUGUCAUCACCCUUUGCUAGCCUCUGCACUGGCCAAGAUAAUAAUGCAAGACCAGGGAAACCGUGUCGUUAUUGGUAAAGAUGAGAAUGCAGUGCGGCAGCUCAUAAGCAUGAUAAGUAGUGAGAACCGCCAUGUGGUUGAGCAAGCCUGCUCCGCUCUAUCAACUCUUGCUGGAGAUGUUUCUGUGGCCAUGCAGUUGAUGAAAUGCGAUAUCAUGCAACCUAUUGAAACUGUUAUGAAGUCUCCUGCCCCAGAAGAACUCGUUUCUGUGCUGCAAGUUGUGGUUACAUUGGCCUUUGUAUCUGAUAGUGUAGCUCAGAAGAUGCUAACCAAGGAUGUUUUGAGAUCAUUGAAAAUGCUGUGUGCCCAUAAAAACCCAGAGGUGCAAAGGCUUGCUUUAUUAGCAGUUGGAAAUUUGGCCUUCUGUCUGGAGAAUCGCCGCAUUCUGGUCACCUCUGAAAGCUUGAAGGAACUUCUCAUGCGCCUGACUAUUGCCCCUGAACCAUGUGUAAAUAGAGCUGCAGCUCGUGCUUUGGCAAUUCUUGGAGAGAAUGAAAACUUGCGACGUGCUAUUAGAGGGAGACAGAUCCCAAAACAAGGCCUACGCAUACUCUCGAUGGAUGGAGGUGGCAUGAAAGGUCUUGCAACUGUGAAGAUCCUUAAAGAAAUUGAGAAGGGAACUGGAAAGCGAAUACAUGAGCUAUUUGACCUUAUAUGUGGGACAUCAACAGGUGGCAUGCUGGCUGUUGCCCUUGGUAUUAAGUUGAUGAGCCUGGAUCAAUGUGAAGAAAUAUACAAAAAUCUUGGAAAGCUUGUUUUCGCUGAACCUGUGCCAAAGGAUAAUGAAGCUGCAACUUGGAGAGAAAAGUUGGAUCAGCUUUAUAAAAGUUCUUCACAGAGUUUCAGAGUUGUUGUACAUGGGUCUAAACACAGUGCAGAUCAGUUUGAGAGGUUGUUGAAGGAAAUGUGUGCUGAUGAGGAUGGCGACCUGCUAAUUGAGUCUGCUGUUAAAAACAUUCCAAAAGUUUUUGUGGUGUCGACUUUGGUGAGCGUUAUGCCAGCUCAGCCUUUUGUAUUCCGCAAUUAUCAGUACCCUGUGGGAACACCAGAGGUGCCUUUUGCAAUAUCAGAAAGUUCAGGAAUUACCUUUUUAGGAUCUCCAACUACAGGUGCUCAAGUUGGCUACAAACGAAGUGCUUUUAUUGGAAGUUGUAAACACCAUAUAUGGCAAGCUAUAAGAGCAUCUUCUGCUGCCCCUUAUUAUCUCGAUGACUUCUCAGAUGAUGUAUACCGCUGGCAAGAUGGUGCUAUAGUGGCAAAUAAUCCAACGAUCUUUGCCAUAAGAGAAGCACAACUUUUGUGGCCUGAUACAAAAAUUGACUGUUUAGUUUCAAUUGGGUGUGGCUCUGUGCCUACGAAGGCACGAAAAGGUGGUUGGCGUUAUCUAGAUACUGGGCAAGUGCUAAUUGAGAGUGCAUGCUCUGUGGACCGAGUGGAGGAAGCUUUGAGUACACUGUUACCUAUGCUCCCUGAGAUACAAUAUUUUCGGUUUAAUCCAGUUGAUGAACGUUGUGACAUGGAGCUGGAUGAGACUGAUCCAACUGUUUGGCUGAAGUUGGAAGCGGCUGUAGAGGACUACAUCCAAAACAAUUCAGAAUCCUUCAAGAAUGCAUGUGAAAGACUUCUUCUACCAUUUGCACAUGAUGAGAAGUGGACAGAGAAUUUGAAAUCUCAACAUUUUGCCAGGGCAAAGACAUCAAGUGCAGAUGAGAAUAGCCCUUCAUUAGGUUGGAGGCGAAAUGUACUACUUGUUGAAGCUUUGCAUAGUCCUGAUUUGGGAAGAGUUGUGCACCAUGCUCGGGCACUUGAGUCAUUUUGUGCACAAAAUGGAAUAAGAUUGUCUCUUUUGCAUGGCCUAUCUGGAAUUUCAAAGACAUUACCAGCAACAACAUUUCCAACACCAUUUACCUCACCUCUGAUCACUGGAAGUUUCCCUUCAAGCCCUCUUCUGUUCAGUCCUGAUGUUGGCCUGCAGAGGCUUGGCCGAAUUGACAUGGUCCCACCUUUAAGCUUGGAUGGAUUACAAUCCGGAAAGACAGCUACAUCACCCCCAAAGUCUCCUCCUGCACCCAGGCAGCUCUCUUUACCUGUACGGUCACUGCAUGAGAAGUUACAGAAUCUACCGCAAGUGGGCAUUAUACAUUUGGCCCUUCAAAAUGACUCAGUUGGGUCAAUACUAAGUUGGCAGAAUGAUGUUUUUGUCGUGGCGGAACCUGGAGAACUGGCUGAUAAGUUUCUACAAAGUGUCAAGGUUAGCAUGUUGUCAGUGAUACGGAGCCAGCGUCGGAAGGGUGCCUCAAGUUUUGCCAAUAUAACAACUAUUGCUGAUCUGAUUCGCUAUAGACCAUACUUUCAAGUUGGAAACAUUAUCCAUAAAUAUAUUGGACGCCAAACUCAAGUCAUGGAAGAUGAUCAAGAAAUUGGAGCAUACAUGUUUCGUCGUACAGUCCCUUCUUUGCACUUAACACCUGAUGAUGUUCGUUGGAUGGUUGGUGCUUGGAGGGACAGGAUCAUAAUCUGCACGGGAACUUACGGUCCAACCGCAAAUUUAACCAAGGCCUUCCUAGAUUCUGGGGCCAAAGCUGUCAUAUGCCCUUCAGCUGAGCCCCAAGAAGUGUCAAUGACAGCAGUUAAUGGAUCGGGAGAGUAUAACGUUCUGGAAAAUGGUAGGUUCGAGAUUGGUGAGGAAGAUGCAGAAGAGGAAGAAGAGGCUGAACCUAUCAGUCCGGUGAGUGACUGGGAAGAUAGUGACUUGGAGAAGAAUGGCAACCAUUCUACAGGUUUCUGGGAUGAAGAAGAAGAGGAACUAUCAAGGUUUGUCUGUCAGCUGUAUGACUCGGUGUUUUGUGAAGGCACGAGAGUGGAUAUUGCCCUCAAAAAAGCUCUUGCCUCCCAUCGGAAGCUGAGGUUUUCCUGUCACCUUCCCAAUGUAAAAUAGCUUGUCAAAUAAAUCUCAUACAACAUCAAAAUUCAAAAAAGGAAAAAAAAAAAAAAACAAAGAGAGAGAGAGAAAGGAGGGAAAUAAGAAUAUAUGAAGUGCAUGGAAUAAUUACCAAAAACCAAGAAAAAAAAACAAGAGGCACUAAUUCAAUUUUGAGGCUUACAAGAAAA